GUUGCUGGGUGAUGGGGAUUAUACUCUCGUUGAUUCUAAUCUCGUUGGGGGUCGGUUUGUUGGUCCUAAUCCAUAUCUGCAUCGUCGGGAGGGCGAUCAGACAUGAUUUGACCGACAGCAAUGUUGCUGCUAACAUUGCAGACAGGGGCAGUUUGGGCAGCAGCAGCAUGUCCCGAGAGGACAUCGAGAAGCUGCCCUGUUUUGGUUUCGUCGAAAGGGAGAUCAAAGGGAGCAACAGCCCUUGCCCGAACUGCGCAGUUUGCUUGGAGAAUUUCAAAGUUGCGGAGAAAUGCAGGCUUUUACCUUUGUGUAACCACAGCUUUCAUGCAGAGUGCGUCGAUUUGUGGCUUUUGAGGGCUCCCGUUUGCCCGAUUUGUCGGGCUAGUGCUGACUUGAUCGAGACUCAUCCGUUGCAUGGGGAAGAAGGUAAUAAUCUUAAUGAUAAUCGAGUCGAAUCUAGAGAUGGAUCGGGAGCUGAUCCUAGAGUCGAAAAUGAAGGUGGACAAAAUGUUUUCAAUGAACAAGUUUCGAAUUUGAAUUCGGAGAUGAUUGAGGCGGGAAAUCGUGAAGAAUUUUCAGUUGAAAGUUUAAGUGAGAUUAAGGUUGAUUCAACUUGACUCAGCUCCAAUUCGACCAAAAUCAGUUCGCCUACAGGCUAAGGCGAAUCAACGUUCUUCAACCUCCGGCAAUCAAGUAGCGAAAGAUCGGUGCAAAACUAGUGACAAAAAUAGCUGACCUACUCUCAUCUCCCAGGACAAGCUCGAAAAAGUAAGAA